AGAAACAUGAUUGCAAUCGAAGUCGCAGAGCCUCCCUUUCACUUCAUCUCGUAAUGAUCUCAUAGUCUGUGCACACAAACAACAAACAACAUCCCAACGGCGAGCGAACACGACUCAAGCAGUGCUUCACCAGGAUAUCAAACUCGAGAAAGCGACUCCACUGCAGACCGCAGACCGCAGACCGCAGUCCUAUACAGAGUCGAGAUGUCGGUAUCAGCUUAUCUCACCGCUUUUGGCAAGGCAUCGCCAGCAACGUACGCCCUCGGUACCGGGCUCCUCGUCACAUCAUCACUCUUCUUUGGAAACAUCGGCCUGACUCUCACCGGGCCACUUCCAAUCAUCAGGGACCAGCUUGGCGCGUGCACUUUGAGCUCCAAGCAAAAGAUCAAAGUAUGGAGGCUCUUCUUCGACGAAGCUUCUAAAUACAUCAUCGGCGGCACCGGCGUGACAGCAACGCUUCACCUGGCUGCCUUCGCCCUAGGGGACUCACCCGUUUCCCGCAGACUUUCCAUCAUGUCGGCGCUUUGCAGCAUUUGCAUCCUGCCGUACACUCUCAUCGUCAUCAUGCCCACCAACAACAGCCUCAUCGCUCUAGACGACAAGGUGGCUCUGUCGGAGCUGGACAGGAAAAAGGUCGGGUGGCUGAUUGAGAAAUGGGAUCGGCUGCACAAGGUCCGCUUCAUGAUGUAUGGAUGCGCAUGGGCCUUGGGUCUUGCUGCGUUCACGUCUUCAUUGUGAGCUGGAUCUGUAUGGGAGUACUGAGUUGUUGAGAAAGCUUGGCUGGUCGUGGCUUUUCUUUUGUUCUUGUUUUUCUGAAUGGGUUCUAGGUCUGAUGAUCUGCGAUGGCUCUGCCUAAUGUUCCAGAUGUAAUGUUAAAUUGGAUAUGAGUGAACACGAUAAACCUGAUAAUUGCCGUUUGACCAGGCGAGCCAUUUCGCCCGCCAAACCAGAGUGAGGCUAAAGUAUAAGCCAUAGCUUGAGGGGGGAAAGCACGAC